UCAGGGUCUUCGGCAUCUCACCAGUUAAUACUAGCAGUCAGAGUGUGUUCUUGGCUCAUCCUCUGAGUCAACCACAGCUUGUAUAAUUGAUAUGUUGGCUCGGUUAUUUAGGUCCCCAAUCUGGUCGAGAAUAACGAAACAGAAUAAAGAUGUGUCAGAGUGGUCAUCUCCAGGAGAACGUCAUUGUCUGCAUCUUUGUUUGACCAUUUUCUUUCUUUCAUUCUCUCUUUGUGGCUGUGUCCUUGAUCCUACUGAAGUCAUCCAUGAGCGAUAACCAGGUUGCCAUGGUGAUCCUCCUGCAGCAUAGCAACAACCUCAGCACCGGGCUCAGCUCCUUGUCGGAUCCCGCGCUGGGCCGGGCUGGUCACACCGCGGCGGCCGUGGUCCUCGGACUCAUCCUGGUCCUGGGCUUCCUCGGUAACUUCCUUGUGCUCAUGGUGUUCUCGCGCUUCCCCGGUCUGGUGACUCCGGUGAACGUGCUGCUGAUCAAUAUCAGCGCGAGCGACAUGCUCGUCUGCAUCCUCGGGACCCCCCUUAGCUUCGCGGCCAGCGUGGGCGGCAGGUGGCUGACCGGGUCUUACGGGUGCCGGUGGUACGGAUUCUCCAACGCGUUUUUUGGUAUAGUAUCUCUGGUGUCUCUCUCUCUGCUGUCCUUGGAGCGGUACUCUGCUGUGCUUGGCAGAACCCACUCAAACUCGGACUCCUCUCAGUACCGCCGGGCCUGGCUGGCUGUAGCGGCUUCCUGGCUCUACUCUCUGGUCUGGACUCUUCCGCCGCUGCUGGGCUGGAGCAGCUAUGGGCCGGAGGGUCCCGGCACCAUCUGCUCCGUUCAGUGGCACAAGCGCUCCACCGCAGCGCGCUCCUACAUCGGCUGUUUGUUUGUCUUCUGCCUGCUGCUGCCGCUCUUGCUCAUGCUCUUCUGCUAUGGGAGGAUCUUGUUGGCCGUGCGAGCGGUCGCAAGACAGGUGAGCAGAAUCAAUCAGUCCUCAGCUGAGAGGAGGGAAGGCCGUGUCCUUUUAAUGGUGGUCUCCAUGGUGACAGGCUACCUGUUGUGCUGGAUGCCAUACGGUGUUGUGGCGAUGCUCGCCUCCUUUGGAAAGCCCGGCGUGGUGUCGCCUGCUGCCAGUUUGAUCCCGUCCCUGCUGGCAAAGACCAGCACCGUCCUCAACCCUGUUAUUUAUGUGCUGCUCAACAAGCAGUUCUCCCGGUGUCUCCUGAACACGAUCAGGUGCGGCUCAGAAGCUCCUCCCACCCAAGCUCAACACACACUGGCCAGCAGAAGGGGUGUCUGGCGUCCCCCACCAACAGAGGAACAAAACACAGUGCACGUCAUGUUCACAUCCAGAGACCAGCAGCUACAGCAGCCUGCGCUGGUGCUAGUGGCUCAAUACGCAACAUAGAGGUCAGAGGUCAACUUAGUUUGAUGAUCAACAAAGACAUUACAAUUCAAAUUUCCACUUAAUUUCACCUAUUUUUGAACAAAAAUGUAAUAAAUAUACUACAGGAAUUAUUUUAGUUCUAGAAAUGUUUGUUCUUGUGGACCAUGCGGCUUUAUUGAGUAUUCGUAGCCGUUUAUCACAGCAGCAGAUAUGCAUGUUGGCCAUCAAUGUCAGAGUAUAACUGGACUGACUAACCCCGGUCCACUGAACUAGUUCUAUGGUCUAAUAGGCAUAUCAUUAUACGUUUUUUUUCUUUCUCACCAAACAGCCGUAUCUCACGUUUAAAUUUGUCACAUUAAAGUCAAACAAGUCUGA